AUGAUGCCCAUAGUGGGUCCAGGGGCAGGGCGUGGGCCCAAGGGCAGGGCGUGGGCCCUGGGGCAGGGCGUGGGCCCUGGGGCAGGGCGUGGGCCCUGGGGCAGGGCGUGGGCCCUGGGGCAGGGCGUGGGCCCUGGGGCAGGGCGUGGGCCCAGGGGCAGGGCGUGGGCCCAGGGGCAGGGCGUGGGCUCUGGGGCAGGGCGUGGGCCCAAGGGCAGGGCGUGGGCCCAGGGGCAGGGCGUGGGCCCUGGGGCAGGGCGUGGGCCCAAGGGCAGGGCGUGGGCCCUGGGGCAGGGCGUGGGUCCAGGGGCAGGGCGUGGGCCCUGGGGCAGGGCGUGGGCCCAGGGGCAGGGCGUGGGCCCUGGGGCAGGGCGUGGGCCCAAGGGCAGGGCGUGGGCCCAGGGGCAGGGGCCGCCCCAAUCGGAACACCCCCCUCAGGACCCCACCCCCCUUAGGACCACCCCCUGCCCCCCUCCAGAGUCUGUUGACCUCUCAGAGUCUGUUGACCUCUCAGUGCCCCACCAGAUUCCCCCGCCAGAGUCUGUUGACCUCUCAGUGCCCCCCCAGAGUCUGUUGACCUCUCAGUUCCCCACCAGAUGCCCCCUCCCACCAGAGUCUGUUGACCUCUCAGUGCCCCCUCCCACCAGAAGUCUGUUGACCUCUCAGUGCCCCCCCCCACCAGAGUCUGUUGACCUCUCAGUGCCCCCCCCAGAGUCUGUUGACCUCUCAGUGCCCCCUCCCACCAGAAGUCUGUUGACCUCUCAGUGCCCCCUCCCACCAGAGUCUGUUUACCUCUCAGUUUCCCACCAGAGUCUGUUGACCUCUCAGUGCCCCACCAGAUGCCCCCUCCCACCAGAGUCUGUUGACCUCUCAGUGCCCCCUCCCACCAGAGUCUGUUGA